AUGUACAUCACCCUCUACUACAUAGUCACCCGGCUCCUUCACUCUCUUCGAUUAGUCAGGGACCACUUCCUCUCAGUUUGCCCCACCACACUCACCAUUGACCUCCUCGAGGAGCGCCUCCUAGCAGCAGAGAAGAGCAUAGUCGCUGUAGGAGCCUCUCGUGGUGACCCUCGCACCCCCGUCUUUGAGGGGUGUUCCCCCUCCCCCCUCUUGCCCUCUAUUGCUUCUGCUGCUGAUGCCGACCUCGUUGGUUUCUACGGGGUCGGCGCUGCGACUGCCCCUAGCGGGAGACGCCACACCAGCAAGGGCAAGGGGGGCAAGGGAGCUGGAGGGGCUGGCGGGGGCGGUGGAGGUGGUGGUGGAGGCAGUGGAGGGGGUGGGGGUGGUGGUGGGAGUGGUGGCGGGGGUGGCGGCGGCGGUGGCAGCAGUGGCGGCGGAGGAGGCGGCGGUGGUGGCGGAGGGGGCGGAGGCGGCGGAGGUGGCGGAGGCAGCGGAGGUGGCAGAGGAGGCGGAGACGGCGGCGGCGGCGGCGCUGGAGCUGGUCGCAACUCUGCGCAGAGGGGGGGUUCCGGUGGUGGUCCGCACCAGCAGCAGCAGCGCAGUCUCACCUGCCUCCCUGACUCCCUUCGCUUAGUCAGGGACCACUUCCUCCCAGUUUGCCCCACCACACUCACCGUUGACCUCCUCGAGGAGCGUCUCCUAGCAGCAGAGAAGAGCAUAGUCGAUGUAGGAGCCUCUCGUGGUGACCCUCGCACCCCCGUCUUUGAGGGGUGUUCCCCCUCCCCCCUCUUACCCUCUGUUGCUUCUACUGCUGCGGCCGACCUCGUUGGUUUCGAGUCGGUCGGCGCUGCGUUUGCCCCUAGCGGGAGACGCCGCACCGGCAAGGGCAAGGGGGGCAAGGGCGCUGGGGGGGCUGGCGGGGGCGAUGGAGGUGGUGGUGGAGGCAAUGGAGGGGGUGGGUGUGGUGUUGGGAGUGGUGACGGGGGUGGAGGUGUUGGUGCCAGCAGUGGAAGCGGUGGAGGCGGCGGCGAUGGCGGAGGGAGCGGAGGCGGCGGAGGUGGCGGAGGUGGCGGAGGCGGCGGCGGCGGAGGUGGAGCUGGUCGUGGCUCUGCGCAGAGGAGUGGCUACGGUGGUGGUCCGCGCCAGCAGCAGCAGCGCAGUCGUGAGACCCUGUCCCCUCAGCAGCUUCGUGAGUGGUACGCUGCGCGUCAGCGCGGUGGGGGUACUGGUCCCUGCGCCUACGUCCUCCAUACCGGCGACCAAGCUGGUGAGCAGUGCGGGGGCCAGCACUCCACCCAGCGCUGCUUUGGCCGCGUGACGGACGCGUGGCGUUACCAGUUCCCUGAGGCCUCUAAGAUCCCUCGCUGGGGAGAGCUGUCUCGGGCGGGGGUUGCUAUCUUUGAUCUUGAUUAUGAUGCUGUGUCUGAUAGUGUUGAGGGUGACUGUUACCUGUAUGUUCCGCCUGACCCGGGCAUUGAGACUGCUGCUCUAGGUGCUAGUGAGGCUGCUGAUCUAGGUGCUAGUGCGUCUGCUGCCCCAGGUGCUGGUGAGUCUGCUCUCUCAGGUACUACUUCGACUCAGGCCUUACACACCUUCACCCUUGACUCAGGUGCUUCCUGCUCCUUCUUUCGAGACCGCACCACGCUUAGGCCACUAAGUCAGCCGGUUGCAGUCUCCCUGGCGGACCCCUCUGGGGGUCCUGUCCUUGCUAGCUUCUCCACUGUCUUACCGUGCCCGGCAGACCCCUCUGGCACCCUGUCCGGUCUCUACCUCCCCUCGUUCUCUACGAACUUGGUGAGUGGAGCUGACCUACAGGAUAAGGGGGUUGACCAGUUCACUCCUGCGAGUCAGCGGGUGACCCACUGCACGUGUGCUCGGAAAGGCCGACACUUGGCCACGUUUACCCGUCGGCCGGGGUCGAGCCUGUAG